CAACUGAUCGUACCCCGUUAUUAUCAUUCAUGUUCUAUACUGGAGCCAUCACAUAUCAACCAAACCCAUCACCCACAUCAUUAUUACAGCAUAGUUUUCGAAUCCCGAAUCGUAUUGCUAAAAGAGAAUUUAUUGCAGAGGCACUUAAGAUUUAUGACUGGAAGGAAGAGGAUUUAAUCCCUGUACGGAAAUGUUUGCAGAUUUUGGAGGCAGAGCAUAACAUUGAACCUCUUUGUCGAUUUAUAGAGGGAACUUUACUUAAGCCAUUGAAGAAUAACAGUGUUAAACAUUCAAACGAAGAGGCAUUGAAACAAAGCUCUAAUUUCGGUGGAAAAGCAAUUGAUUUAGUGAGAACAAGUAUCGGAAAAAGGAUAGCGAUCGAAUUUGAUAAUAUUAAGAUAGAAAACGUUAAAUUGGACAAAACUCGAGAUAAUUGGCAGGAAGCAACUGAGGUUUCACGAUCGUUAUUGGAAAAAUCGGAGGAGGAAAUUUUGAAACUAAAAAUUAAUGAUCCAUUCCGAAAAAAUCAAAAGACAGUUGAGGAGGCUUUGGAAUGGAAGAUAAAAACGAAAAGCAGAGAAUACCUCGAGCCAUUACAAAAUCGACAAGAUGCAGAUUUGAAAUGUAUGUUUGUUAUUUUGAGAGUUGGUUUGCACCGUCUAAUUAGCAGGAAAGUUUAUGAUGUUAAUGAAUAA